AUGCUAAGAGAAGCCAUGAGUGAAGUCGCUAGUAUCAUUUCCCGUCAUUCGGAGGAGCUGAAGUUCAUUGACUUGAAUGGAGUCUUAGCGGACCUGAGAAGAGAGAAGUUGAUUCUUCAUCAAGAGUACCACGAAAUAGUUCAAAAAGGAUCUAAAGAUAAAGUCCUAUUUUUGCAGGAUCACCUGCCCUGGAAGGGGUACAUCGCAUUAAUGACGUUCAUUGACAUCGUUCGUAGAAGGGGCAACGAAGACCUGGCCGACAAAUUGCAAGGCGAGAAGCUACACGGAGAGCAAAUAUUGGAAUUGAUGGCAGAGCAGCAGCAAAGUCUAAGUGAGUCGAUUGUGCAAUUGAAGAAGAUUAAAGAAAGCCUGCAAAACUGCAAGGAAGCCCGAAGUGACAUACAACGACGU